AUGCGCUCCCGGGAUGCAGCGCUAGGUAGCUCGACCCUUAGGUUCCACCAUUCGCGGUCGCUUGCCCGCGACAUCACGGUUCUCGCUCUCUCGUACGUCGUUUCCUCGCGUAGUCCGCGAUCGCGCUCCCCUUCUGUUCGCCCGCCCAUCCGCAAGUCGCUCCCGUCACCCUACCUUCCGCCCGUCACCGUCCCUUCCGCCCGUCACCCUCCCUUCCGCACGCCGCUCUCCCUUCCGCACGCCGCUCUCCCUUCCGCACGCCGCUCUCCCUUCCGCACGCCGCUCUCCCUUCCGCACGCCGCUCUCCCUUCCGCCCGUCGCCCACCCUUCCGCCCAUCGGACUCUCUUCCGCACGCCGCUCUCCCUUCCGCCCGUCGCCCUCCCUUCCGCCCAUCGGACUCUCUUCCGUCCGUCUCUCUCCCUUUCGUACGCCGCUCUCCCUCCCGCCCGUCGCCGUCCCUUCGUCCCGUCGCCCUGCCUCCCGCUCGUCCACUCGCAAUCCCUGUCUUCCUCUCUCCCCGUCGCCCUUGCCAUCCCUCCCGUCUCCCUUCCCGUUUCCUGUCACCUUUCCCUGCUUCCCCCCAUCCCCUUCCCUGCUUCCACCCAUGCACCUCCCUGCUUCCCCCCAUCCCUUUCCGUGCUUCCCCCCAUCCCCGUCCCUGCUCCCCCCCAUCCCAUUCCCUGCUUUCCCCCUUCCCAUUCCCUGCCUCCCCCCAUCCCACUCCCUGCAUUCCCCCAUCCCCGUCCCUGCUUCCCCCCCUCCCCUACCCUGCUCCCCCCCUCCCCUUCCAUGCUUCCCCCGAUCGCCUUCCCAGCUUCCCUCCCCCCUUCCCCUUCCCUGCUUCCCCCCCUCCCCGUCCGUGCUUCCCCCCAUCCUCUUCCCUGCUUCCCCCCAUCCUCUUCCCUGCUCCCCCCCUCCACAUCCCUGCUUCCACCCACCCCUCUCCCUGCUUCCCCCCCUCCCCUUCCCUGCUUCCCCCAAUCCCCUUCCCUACUUUCCCCCAACCCCUUCCCUGCUUCCCCGUGUCCCCUUCCCUGCUUCCCCCCCUCCCCAUCCGUGCUUCCCCCCUUCCCCUUACCUGCUCCCCCCCAUGCCCUUCCCGGCUUCCACCCAUCCCUUUCCCUGCCACCCCCCCUCCCCUUCCCUGCUCCCCCCCUCCCCUUCCAUGGUUCCCCCUAUCCCCUUUUCCGCUUCCCCCCUUCCCCUUCCCUGCUGCCCCAUGUCCCCUUCCCUGCUUCCCCCCCUCCCCUUCCCUGCUUUCCCCUCAUCUCAUUCCCUGCUUUCCCCUCAUCUCCUUCCCUGCUUUCCCCUCAUCUCAUUUUUUGCUUUCCCCUCAUCUCAUUCCCGGCUUUCCCCUCAUCUCAUUCCCUGCUAUCCCCUCAUCUCAUUCCCUGCUUUCCCCUCAUCUCCUUCCCUGCUUUCCCCUCAUCUCCUUCCCUGCUUUCCCCUCAUCUCAUUCCCUGCUUUCCCCUCAACUCAUUCCCUGCUUUCCCCUCAUCUCAUUCCCUGCUUUCCCCUCAUCUCAUUCCCUGCUUUCCCCUCAUCUCAUUCCCUGCUAUCCCCUCAUCUCAUUCCCUGCUUUCCCCUCAUCUCCUUCCCUGCUUUCCCCUCAUCUCCUUCCCUGCUAUCCCCUCAUCUCAUUCCCUGCUUUCCCCUCAACUCAUUCCCUGCUUUCCCCUCAUCUCAUUCCCUGCUUUCCCCUCAACUCAUUCCCUGCUUUCCCCUCAUCUCAUUCCCUGCUUUCCCUUCAUCUCAUUCCCUGCUUUCCCUCAUCUCAUUCCCUGCUUUCCCCUCAUCUCAUUCCCUGCUUUCCCCUCAUCUCAUUCCCUGCUUUCCCCUCAUCUCAUUCCCUGCUUUCCCCUCAUCUCAUUCCCUGCUUUCCCCUCAUCUCAUUCCCUGCUUUCCCCUCAUCUCAUUCCCUGCUUUCCCCUCAUCUCAUUCCCUGCUUUCCCCUCAUCUCAUUCCCUGCUUUCCCCUCAUCUCAUUCCCUGCUUUCCCCUCAUCUCAUUCCCUGCUUUCCCCUCAUCUCAUUCCCUGCUUUCCCCUCAUCUCAUUCCCUGCUUUCCCCUCAUCUCAUUCCCUGCUUUCCCCUCAUCUCAUUCCCUGCUUUCCCCUCAUCUCAUUCCCUGCUUUCCCCUCAUCUCCAGGUGUUGUCCACAUCCAUCAAAACCUGCUUGCCACCCAUACCAGGCUUGUGCACUGUCCUUCCUGCCAUGCUCAUACCCUUGCUCUCCACUCACCCCCUUGUUCUCCCUCGCCCCACUCCCCACCCAUCCGCCUGCGCAAAAGCAGAUCUAGGACUGGAUCCACCACGCCGCAGUGCACACGCACUGUUGCCGUCGUCCCUGCGUGUAAGGCGGGCUUGGGAGCUGCAACACCCAUCAGCCAACAACAAGUCAGGCAACUGUGCACGACAUGUCGCUGUGCACGGCACUCUGCAAGCACUUCGGCAGCGCCCUAUGGUGGCUACCUUAUGUACCUCAAUAAGACAGGGUUAG